GCCGUAAGGGAAUAAACUCCCGCUGCAAGAUGGCCGCGGUGCCAGAUGAGGCGAGUGUGGUGGUGAAGGCAGAGCCCGAAGUGCAGGACGAGGCGAAGCCUGAUAUAUCGGGGUGCGUGGAUGGGAAUGCACAAGCGCUGGGAAAUGGCGCUCCGCCGAGUCCUUCUAGUCCCCAAGCCGCUCCUCCUGUUCCCCCGGGGGUUGCGGCUCCGCCGGCUGCAGCUGCCCCAGCGCCCGGCUCCGAUGCCUCUGACCGCCAAACGCUGCUGGCCGUGCUGCAGUACCUGAAGAAGCGCAAACUCAAGGACUCUGCCGAUAUCCUCCUCAGGGAGAGCGGAUUGUUCGACUCGGACGAGCUGCUCGCCUUAACAUCGCUCAGCCCUGAUCGCGCCGGGGCAGGGGAUGGAGCCGACACGACCUUGCUGAGCCGGGUGAGCGGCGCGGCGGGAUCGGACAUCUCGGCUUCUGCCGGCGGUGCGGCUUCUAGUAGCGCAUCUUCUGCCUGUGCGGGGAAAGUUACUUUAAAUAACGGCCCUCAAGACCAGCCAGAUGUCAGCGCAGUUUUGUCUGCUUACACCCAACAAGGAGAUCCGGCCCUCUACGAGGAGUACUACAGUGGCCUGAAGCGCUUUAUAGAGUCUGUGCUAGACUGCCAUCGGGCAGAACUAUCCCAACUCUUCUACCCACUCUUUGUACACAUGUACCUUGAGCUAGUAUACAAUCAGCAUGAACAAAAGGCAAAAUCAUUUUUUGAAAAGUUUCACGGAGAUCAGGAAUGCUAUUAUGAAGAUGAUCUGCGCAUUCUAGCCAGCCUCUCGAAGAAAGGGCACAUGAUGGGCAACGAGACCAUCCUUGACUUCCGCACCAGCAAGUUUGUGUUGCGAAUAUCUCGUGACUCCUACCAGCUGCUGAAGAGGCAUUUACAGGAGCGGCAGAACAACCAGAUCUGGAGCAUCGUUCAGGAGCACUUGUACAUUGACAUCUUUGAUGGGAUGCCGCGCAGCAAGCAACAGAUUGAUGCUAUGGUGGGCAGUCUGUCUGGGGAAGCAAAACGAGAAGCUAACAAAGCAAAGAUAUUUUUUGGGCUUCUGAAAGAGCCAGAAAUAGAAGUCCCUUUGGAUGACGAGGAUGAAGAAGUGGAGAAUGAAGAAGGGAAGCCAAAAAAGAAAAAGCCUAAAAAAGAUAACGUUGGCUCUAAAAGCAAGAAGCAGGAUCCUAAUGCUCCGCCACAAAACAGGAUUCCACUUCCAGAACUAAAGGACUCUGACAAACUUGAUAAAAUCAUGAUCAUGAAAGAAACUGCAAAACGAGUGAGGCUAGGCCAAGACUCUCUGCCCUCCAUUUGUUUCUACACGUUUCUUAAUGCCUAUCAGGGCCUGACGGCAGUGGAUGUUACUGAUGAUUCCAGCCUCAUAGCAGGAGGAUUUGCAGACUCCACGGUUCGCGUUUGGAGCCUUACCCCUAAAAAGUUGCGGAGUGUCAAAUCUGCAUCUGAUCUGAGCAUCAUAGACAAAGAGUCAGAUGAUGUUUUAGAAAGAAUCAUGGAUGAAAAGUCCUCAAGCGAGAUGAAGGUUUUAUAUGGUCACAGUGGUCCUGUUUAUGCUACUAGCUUCAGUCCAGACAGGAAUUACUUGUUAUCCAGUUCUGAAGAUGGCACUAUCCGGCUAUGGAGUCUUCAGACAUUUACAUGCUUAGUGGCUUACAAAGGGCACAAUUACCCAGUUUGGGACACACAGUUCUCUCCUUAUGGGUACUACUUUGUUUCAGGAGGCCACGACAGAGUUGCACGUUUAUGGGCUACAGAUCAUUAUCAGCCUUUAAGAAUAUUUGCUGGCCAUCUUGCUGAUGUCAUAUGUACACGGUUUCACCCAAACUCCAACUAUAUUGCCACUGGCUCAACAGACAGAACUGUAAGAUUGUGGGACGUACUAAAUGGGAACUGUGUAAGGAUCUUUACAGGACAUAAGGGACCAAUCCAUUCACUGGCAUUCACUCCAAAUGGAAAGUUUCUUGCGACAGGAGCGUCGGAUGGCAGAGUUCUUCUGUGGGACAUUGGCCAUGGUUUGAUGGUUGGAGAGCUAAAGGGUCACACAAACACAGUCUAUGCACUUAGGUUUAGCAGAGAUGGGGAGAUUUUAUCAUCAGGUUCAAUGGACAAUACUGUUCGAUUGUGGGAUACAGUAAAGGCCUUUGAAGACUUAGACACUGAUGACUUUACAAGUUCCGCUGGGCAUAUAAACUUCCAUGAAAACUCACAAGACUUACUGCUGGGUACCUUUAUGACCAAAUCAACCCCUGUCAUACAUCUCCAUUUCACAAGACGAAACUUGCUCCUUGCUGCAGGAGCUUACACACCACAAUGAGAAGAUGCACUUUAUUCUCUUUAGAGAUGGACAUCUAACAGUAUCCUGUGCUGAUAAGCCAGCCUUAUAUUUUUGAAGCCCUCAGCUCAGUGUCUUGUUUCGAAUCAAGGUUCUCUUCAACAGUGCCUAGCUCAAGUAAAGAUGUGUUACAGCAGCCAGAAACACAUUUGCUAGUAACCAUGAGAAGAAAAAAAGGUUGACUUUUCAGAGUUUUAUGGGGGUGGUUUGCAUUUCUGCCCUCCAGUGACUAUCCUUUAAGGGUAAAGUAAAAAAAAAA